AUGCUGCUGUACUCGCGAGUUGCGCCGCCCAAGGUCCCCAAGCGGCGCUCCCGAGCUGUAAAGAAAAGGUACAUCCAUCUCCUCCUUCACCAGAAAAAGAAGUGCGACGAAGCCCGUCCACGGUGCUCGCGCUGCGAGGAGCACGGCCACGAGUGCCGCUACGAUCCCGUUAAGCCGCGCCAGCGCCGUAGGGCCGACCAGGCUGCAGGGCUUGGCCAACAGCCCGACCUCGACGACGAUGACGGUGCCGGCGAUGCGGACGACGAGCAGGGCUCCGCGGGCGCGGGCGCGGGUGCAGGCGCAGGCACCCCCGAGCGCGCUGUGCGCCAGCCGCUCUCCGUGACGACAACGGGACUGGGGCUGGGGCUUGCCCGGCAGCAGCACCACCUGCACCAACGCCGCCAGCGCCAACACCGCCAGCGCCAGCGCCAGCACCAGCACCAGCACCAGCAUGGGCACGCCUGGGAGGGGGGCUCGUCGUCCGAUGCUUCCCCCGACACGGCCUACGACGACUGGCCGCAUAGCGCCGACCAGUUCGACCCGCUUCCUCCUAAUCGGCCGCAGGCGGCGCCGACGACCGCGACGGCUUCUUCCGCUACAGCGUACUCCCCUUGCACCGACUUUGGUGCAUUCUCCCUGGACGCCUUUGACGGUCCUCUAAUACUUCCGCUUGACGACGGCUCCAUCAGCGAGCAGGACGGCAACGCCUCCCCGUCCAUCACCAACGCCCUCACCAACUUCUCGGUCGAUGCCUCGUCGCCAGCAUCAUCCACCAGCCAGUCCCUCGCCUACGUGCCGCCCUCGCCUCGCUUCGAGUUCACGGCACCCGCCUUCUACGAGUUCUCGCGCGACGCCGGCCGCCGCAACCUCAUCGCGCACUUCUGCAACACGCUCUCGCACCUCAUCGUGCUACGCGAGGAUGAGGGCAACAACCCUUUCCAGCAACUCGUGCUGCCCCUCUCCCACGGCAGCCAGGCCGUCACUGGCGCCAUCUACGCUCUCGCCAGUGCCCACCUCGAGGUCCGCGGCGUUGACCCGGGCGGAGCCCAUGCCAGUGUCCGCUAUCACAGCCAGGCCAUCCAGGGCCUGGCUCGUCUGAUUGAGCAAGGCGACGGCGUCGACAAAAAUGAGCUACUCGCGGCGAUUAUGCUGCUCAUCUACUACGAAGUGCUUGUCCAGCGUGGUCGCUCCAACCUCGUUGACGGUCAUCUCAAAGGCGCCAUGGCCAUCAUGGGCAACGCCCCUCCCCAGAACAACCCCACUGGCGUCUUCCUUGAGAGGGCGUUCCGGUUCUACGAUGUCAUUGCCGCCCUCUCGUUUGGCACCGCCCCUCUGUCACACUGCCCGUCCAGCGGCGGCUUCACGCCCUUUGCGCCGCUUGACUCGCGAGGCACCACCGUCGCGUACGACAGCGUCGAUGCGCUGCUGGGCAUGGCCACCUCGCUGUGGCCCGUCAUCCACCGCCUAUCCAACCUGCUGGCCCUCAAAAACGAGCUCACCGCCGCUGUCGCCGCGGGCGAGCUCUCCAAGGCCGCCGUGCUGCGCACCGAGUUCGACUCGACGUGCGCCGCCAUCGAGAUUGCUCUGCAGGAGUGGGAGCCCAUACUGCCCCAGGACUUCCAGGGGCAGCGCUGCUCGGACGGCGACAAGGCCAAGGACGGGGAGCACCGCCACCUGCAGAGCAUCCUCAACAGCGCGCUGGCGUACCGCCACUCCGCGUUUGUGUACCUCUACCGCAGCAUCUACGACUGCCCGCGCCGACACCCGGUGGUGCAACUGCACGCGCACGUCAGCCUGACGCACUGCGAGGCGACGGUGGCCCACGGGGGGCCCAUGGGGUCGCUGCUGUGGCCGCUCUUCGUGAGCGCGUGCGAGGCCACGGAGCCGGCCGACCGGGCGCUGGCGCGGCGCUCGUUCGCGGGCAUCUCGCGCCGCCAGGGCAUGAAGAACAUUGAGCGCGCGUGGUGCGUCGUCGAGGAGGUGUGGCAGCGGGCGGACGCGCUCGAGGACGCGGCGGAAGAGGAGGACGUGGGGUUCCUCAAGAUGCCGGGGACGAAGCGGCGGUGCGACCUCUGGCGCAAGGUGAGCGCAGACAUGGGCUGGACUAUUGUGUUUGGGUGA